UCUAUGCAGGGCAUAACAUAACCCAUAAAUCGUCAAGAAUUUAAAUGCAAGGGUUGAAAUACAAAAUAAAUGUCGGCUAACAACCUAUUUUUAAGAUCGGCGUUCGUCCGUGCGCCCUUGAAAAAUGGCGUAGGACGAUACGUGUGUCAAUUGCAGAGAAUAGUCUUCAAGUUUUGCAAAUCCAACGGAGCCAGCCGUGGUAUGAGAGACUUCAUAGAGCAAGAUUUGGUUGAUUUCUCAAAAGACAACCCUGGAGUGGUGGUGUAUUUAAAGCCACGUAGACAUCGUGGGCCAGUCAUAGUUGGAGAAUAUUUGAACGGGGACAGAUUGUGGAUGAGCGUCCACAACAAAACCCACGAGGAGAUCGUAAAAUGGGUCGAAUUGUUCCGAACUCAACAAGGCAACAACUGGAACUCGAGACUCCGCAAGUACCAGUACACUAACCACCCCUCGGUCCAGGGACCCUGGACUCCGUUCGCGUUCAAGGACCCAGAAUUGAACACGGCCGAACUACCCGACGUGAGGUUCGGUAGUAACAAUCGACUACCCGCAACGGCAACUGAACAGUUGAGACUGAUGUUCGAGAAACAAAAGUUGGAUGAAUUAAAAACGGCGGAGUGAAUUAUAGAUUAGUGCUCUGUAGUUAUAGGUUAUGUGUGUUAAUUAGAUUAAUAUUAAAUAAUGUUUUGUUUUA